GAAUAUAAAAGGGAAUAGUGACAUCUUAUUUUUCACAAGCUUAAGGACUUUUACUUUCUAAGUUAACCAACCAAGUGGGUGAAAAACCUGAUGUUUUUCUUUGAGCAACAUGGCGCCUGACGGUCCAGAUGCAUCAGAGUACUUUUGUUGUGUGGAGAAAGUAUCUGUGAGCUCCAGCAGUAACGUCAGUGAGCCUUUGCAGCCUCUAUCUGUCUGGUUGGACUUUUUUCCCUGAAUGUUUUUCCUCUGACUCAUUUCCUGGUAGCUUUCAAAGCUAUUGAAGUUAGCUUAGCAUGCUGGCUGGAAACAGACUGACAGGGACGGAAGUUUGCAAUACAGCGCUAGUCUGCGUAGUUUGGGUGGAGAAAAAAAUUCUGACAUUUUGUUAAAAUGUCUAACGUCCAGGUGCUGAGAGAGUUGGUGAAGCAGCGACUAACUGCGGCUGCUGAAGAGAUAUUUGGGCUGUUUGACAGAACGAUAGCAGAGUAUGAAGAGGAACUUUCUCGAUCAAAAGAGGAGAACGAGCGGCAGCAGAAACUCCUGGAUGCUGUUUUAAACCCUCAGCUUCGGUUACACAGAGCAGAUGCCCAGCAGCUGUUGCUCUCGGUGGUGAAAGAAGAGGGUCCUACUGAGCAGCAAGAGGGGAGCCUGAGUCAGGAGCCAGAGACCCCACACAUUAAAGAAGAACAGGAGGGAAAGCAGCUUCAAGGGCUGGAGGAGGCUGAUAUCAAGUUGACAUUCCCUGUGAAGAGUGAAGAUGAUGAUGAGGAGAAAGCUCAGUCCUCACAGCUUCAUGAAAGCCAAACUGAGGAGAACAGAGAGGCAGAGCAGUUAAAAACAGGAGGUGAUGGAGAGGGCUGUGGAGGACCAGUACCAGCCGGGAAAUCAAGUCCAGAUAGUCCUCUGCAACAGCCAGCUAUUCAUGACAAGACUUUACACUCCUCUGAAUCUGAGACUGAUGACAGUAGAGAUUGGGAGGAGACUAAACAACAUCAGUCACAUUUAAACCCUCUGCAAAACAAUGAAGUAUCUAGAAGUGAUGUGGAAUGUAAUACUGGAAAAACAUCAGUUAGCUCCUCUAAAUGUACUAGAAGCUCUGGCGGCAAGGGUCAUCUGCAGAAACGUACCAGUAGCAAUUUGGUUAAACACAUCAAAAUCCAUACUGGAGAGAAACCAUUUAGUUGUUCAGUUUGUCGUAAAAAAUUCACUCAGAAGGGACAUUUGAUACGACACUCGAUUAUCCACACAGGGGAGAAACCAUUUAGUUGUUCAAUUUGUGGUAAAGGAUUCACACAAAAGGGAACCCUGAAACGACACUCGAAUGUCCAUUCAGGGGAGAAACUAUUUAGUUGUUCAGUUUGCUGUAAAACAUUUGCACAGAAGGAAACUCUGAGUCAUCACUUGCCUGUCCACACAGAGGAUAAACAGUUUACUUGUUCAAUUUGUAAGAAAAUGUUCACAGACCAGAGAAAUCUGAAACGACACUUGACUCUCCACACAGGGGAGAAACCAUUUAGUUGCUUAGUUUGUGAUAAAAAAUUUGCACAAAAUAGAGAUCUGAGACGACACUCAAUUGUCCACACAGGGGAGAAACCAUUUAGUUGCAGUGUGUGCGAGAAAAGCUUCACCAGGCUCGAAUAUGUCAAAAAUCACAAGUGUGCAGGCGAGAGCAGAAAUAAAUGAAGCUGCAGAGACGCUUGAUGAGCCACUGCUUUUCAGCAGGAUUAAAGUACUGUGGACAAGGCUUUUUUUCAAUCAAUGAUUAGCUAAAAACUGUCAGAUGUUUGGGUGUGAGGUGAUUGCUUUCUGGUAUUACAUGUAUUAAUUGAUUAAAAUUGGUUUUCUGAGUCUUACUGUCAUGUGACCACUUACUAUUAAGCAGUCAUGUGUUAGAUGUCUGAGCUUUUUAGCAGUUUCACUAGGGCCUGGCGAUGUAAUGAUUUUGUACACUAUAUCGAUAUAUUUUCAAGCAAGAUACAGAUUUAGACAACACCGUUUAUAUUGACAUAGGGACAAGUUACAUUAGGCAUAACAGUGUGCAUCAACCCACGUUUUCACCAAGCAGUAUGGUACAGUACUGUUCCGUAUCAUCCCCAUUUUUGGCCACCUCUCUGUUGGGGUACCUAGCACACAGAUCUGGUACUAAAAGGGGGAGCUGUGAACACUGCAGUUAAUUGACUGUUCAAUAACAGACAGUCACGCUGCUCAGGGCUGAGUUGUGGCUGGAUUUGAAGCUUGUGGAACCACUGUUCAUACCAUUGAGAUUUCUAUGAGUAGACUGUAACUAUAAAAUGAAAGAAUGUUUUACUAACUUCAUUCCUUCAAAACUUAAAGGCAUGCCGUGCCGAUUUGCGAUUCCAUUAUCAGUUUAGACUACCCCAGAGAUGGACCUUCUCUGGAGUAGAUCCAAAAGCUGAGCUGCCCGCCCUCAAGUGGGUAGUCGGGACAUCUCGCCAACCGCAGACAACCCCCAACGACACCACUUCUCCUGUGUACGUUGCGAGACAGUACUCACCUCUGUCUGCUGGAGACCAGGCAUUUUUAAAAGUCUCUGUGUGUUCAGCUCUCAGUACUUUUGCAGCUUCUAACUUAAAGGGAUAGUGCACCCAAAAAUGAAAAUUCAGCCAUUAUCUACUCACUCAUAUGCCGAGGGAGGCUCAGGUGAAGUUUUAGAGUCCUCACAUCCCUUGCUGAGAUCCCAGGGGAGAGGGGUAGCAACACAACUCCACCUAAUGGAUUUUGUAGAAAAUACCGAGAUAUACAUUGUGUGUUGCCAUUCAGCCUGAAAAUACUGAUAUGAAUUUUUGUCUACCAAAUAUGUUCAAGGCCUACAGAGUAAAAAAUAUCCAGUAUUUCACAGAGAAAGCAAAGAUCAGAGAAAAGUGAAAAUAAGUGUGAAUUCAAAUUUGUCUAACAGAAGGACAGGGUUCUUUGUAGUGGACGUGCAAAUACAUCAUCAUUAAGGUCUCUAACAAAUUACCUAAAUGUGAUUUUAAGUGGGCUCAGUGAAUUAAUAUUAAAGCAAAUUGAAUACUGUCACAUUUCCAGUUGUUCUCAAAUGAUACCAUUAUUAUGGGAAAUACAAUACUUUUUGGAGGGCUUUUUUAGGUGGUAAAAAAACAAAUUAAUU